AUGUAGAACUUCAAGAUUGAGGAUAUUGCGGUAUGCAAAGUUUAUGUCAAUAUCUAUGGAUUUAACUCUGAAUGGCUGCCCACUGCAUUUUUUCACCAUCUAUCUAUCUCUUACAAUAUAGCCUAGUAUCUAGAAGGCUCUGACUUUUGCAAAAUGUGUGAUGGACCCAAACUUGCUGGAGACUACUUACUCUUUAUUCUAAAAGAGAAGUCAUCAAUGAUGCAAUCAGCAGCAAUAGAUUCAUCUGCUCAAAUCAAGAAACUGAGUUCACUUGCAAAGAUUGCUAACAAGUUCAAACUAGAGGAAUAUGAUGAAGAGUACUCCAUGAUAAACAUUUCUGAGGUUAACGACAAGAAGCUACUUCUGGAGCUUUUCAGACAAUUGGAUAAGCUUUUAGUAAUUAAGAAAUAGAAUUACUAUAAGAAGACUACUAAUAUUCCAUACAAGGAUCAAUUUCCAACAAGAUAUCAAGAAGAAGAAGAAAUGAAAGAAUCAAUCAAUCAGCACGUAUUAGCAAGCAAAUUAGACUUUGAAUUAUCAAGACAAGAGUCUCUCAGCAAGAAAAAAGACUCAUUCUCUGAUAUUAAGUAUAGAAUGCAAUCACAAAAGUCUUUAUCUAUGAUGAAAUCUAAAUAUCAAAAUUCUUCAAUAGAUUACACUCAAACCAAGCAGCCAAAUUUCUAGGAAUGCAAGAAGAAAAAGAAGAAAAAUACUUUUUGGUCAUCAGAUAAUAGUGAAAGCUCAAGCUAAGAAGAAUACAAUGAGAGUUUGAAGAAGACUUAAGCCUAGCAGAGAUAAACAGCUAGAGACAAUUAUUAGAAUAUCUGCUAGAAACAAAUUGAAACUAACAGAGAUGGUAGCCUCAACAAGAAAAGAGACUUGUCAUAAGACCAACAUAAACUUGCUAAACCAGACCAAGAGACUGAGAACUGGAGAAAUGAACAUCAUAUCAAGGUAAUAGAUAAAUUCAAGAAUCAUCUCUUUAAAAAUGAGAGAGAGUUUGAAGAAAAGCUAAUGAAAGAGAUCAAUGCAAAUGGUCCACAGGGGCAGAUCUAGCACCAUUUCACUUCUAGCUACUUGGUAGUUAGAUGCAAAACAUGCAGGUCAUUUCAAGUUUGGUACAAAUAUGAAAAGAAUGGGAAUGAAUAUAUUAACCUCAAAUUUAGCAGAAUAAUAAAACAGCAGCAUGUCAAACCAAUACACUGA